UAACGAAAUAAAAAAACGAAAAAAAUCUAAAUGAUCUUCUUGACCAAGACACCAACUACCAACUCUCAUUUUCAUCGUCAAACAUUGCUUCUCUUCAAACCUUCUUCCACUCCUCCACCAAUACAUACCUAAACACACACACACACACACUCUCUCUCUCUAGGAUACAGGCUUGAUUUUCUGCAAUAAUCUGGUUCUUUAAGCUCGUCGGAGCUUUAUUCGCGGAGAGUAGAAAAUGGGAUCAGGAGCGUGGCACGUUGAGAAAAGAUCCACUUUAAGAAGCGAGUCCUUCUCUAAAGAGUUUGAAAAUGUGCUUGAAAAUGGCUUUCUCUCGAUCAUCGUCCUUGGCGCUUCUGGAGAUCUUGCCAAGAAGAAGACUUUUCCUGCGCUUUUCAACCUUUUUCGGCAGGGAUUCCUUCAUCCAAAAGAAGUUCACAUAUUUGGCUAUGCAAGAACUAAAAUUACAGACGAUGAGCUAAGAGACCGCAUACGCGGAUAUCUUAUCCGUGACAAAGGCGCUUCUUCCAAGGACUCAGAAGAUGUCACUAAGUUUUUGCAACUGAUUAAAUAUGUAAGUGGUUCUUAUGAUGCUGAAGAGGGGUUUCAGCUAUUGGAUAAAGAAAUUUCAAAGCAUGAAGUUUCAAAAAAUAGUGCGGAAGGAUCGUCGCGAAGACUCUUCUAUCUUGCACUUCCUCCAUCAGUAUAUCCAUCUGUCUGCAAGAUGAUCAGGCAUUUUUGCAUGAAUAAAACUGAUCUUGGUGGAUGGACUCGGAUUGUUGUUGAGAAACCUUUUGGCAAGGAUUUGCAAUCUGCUGAGGAACUCAGUUCUCAGAUUGGAGAGUUGUUUGAUGAGCGACAAAUAUAUCGCAUUGAUCACUACCUGGGAAAGGAGUUGGUGCAGAAUUUGUUGGUUCUUCGUUUUGCAAACCGCUUCUUUUUGCCCCUUUGGAAUCGUGACAACAUUGACAACGUCCAGAUUGUAUUCAGGGAGGAUUUUGGAACUGAAGGCCGUGGUGGAUAUUUUGAUCAAUAUGGAAUCAUCCGCGAUAUUAUUCAAAAUCAUUUAUUGCAGGUUCUCUGCCUGGUUGCCAUGGAAAAGCCGGUUUCUCUCAAACCUGAGCAUAUUCGAGAUGAGAAAGUGAAGGUUCUUCAAUCUGUACUUCCAAUCAAGGAUGAUGAAGUUGCUCUUGGGCAAUAUGAUGGCUACAGAGAUGAUCCAACGGUUCCUGAUAACUCAAAUACUCCAACUUUUGCAACUAUGGUUCUGCGUAUUCAUAACGAAAGAUGGGAAGGUGUCCCUUUUAUUCUAAAGGCAGGGAAAGCAUUAAAUUCAAGAAAGGCAGAAAUUCGAGUUCAGUUUAAGGAUGUUCCUGGUGAUAUAUUCAAAUGUAAAAAGCAAGGGAGAAAUGAAUUUGUAAUUCGCUUGCAACCUUCAGAAGCCAUGUACAUGAAGCUUACGGUUAAGCAGCCUGGACUUGAGAUGUCAACGGUCCAAAGUGAAUUAGACUUGUCAUAUGGGCAACGUUAUCAAGGGGUCACAAUCCCCGAAGCAUACGAACGUUUAAUACUCGACACAAUAAGAGGCGACCAGCAACAUUUUGUUCGAAGAGAUGAGUUGAAGGCUGCCUGGGAGAUCUUUACUCCUCUCCUGCACAGAAUCGAUGAUGGCGAGCUUAAUCCGCUUCCAUACAAACCAGGCAGUCGAGGCCCCGAGGCAGCAGACGAGUUGCUUGCAAAAGCUGGUUAUGUACAAACACAUGGCUACAUAUGGAUUCCUCCCACGUUGUAAGAGAGUUAUCGCACAUUUCCUGUGGCCUGGACUGGAGCAAUGAAAACAAUUUGCUUGUAGUAAUAAGCUAUCCGUUCAGAAUAAGAAUGUGGUGUGGCGUGUAACGAUGUCUAAUGAUAAUUUUAAAUGCAAGGUCUAUAAGUAUAAUGUUUGGCGAUAAAAAUUGGCCCCGGUUAUGUGAAUGUAAUUUCUAUAAAGCUUUCAUAGUUUUGCCUU